AUGGACAACGACUACGAUUCCGCACCAAUACCCCCCAUCCCCCACCGCUAUCGAAACCUCCAAACUCCUGAACCUCAUUCACAUCGGCGUUCACUUCCAUCUUCGUCCCGACGCUCCGCCGAUGCUGUUCCCAUUUCGCCCGAGGUCAUCUCUUCCUUGAUCACCAGCCUUACCGUCAUAUCUGAACCGGCAGACCAGCACUUCGAGCACAGCGGACCGAGCCCCCCCCUUGCCGUAUCCCCUCGCCAAGGCAGCUUUGGGGUCGACUACGGUGCCUAUCAACCCUCCAUUGAAAACCUCCGAGCCACCGACGUUCCCUUUGACGAUAUCCCCGCCGCCGCGCCUGUCAUCAAGACCUCCAAGCCACCCUCUGGCUUGUCGCCCUUGACCGCUCCUAAAUCCCCCGCCCGCGACGCUUCUGGCGGUCUCAAGUCCCUUCUGCGGAGUGCUUCGCGACCCUCAUCAAAAGGCUCACUUGGAUCGCGGGAUGAUGCCCACAGUAUAGGUAAUCUUUCGAUAGAACGCGGUGCUGCGCCUACCCCUGAACUCAGGCGGCAAAGCUCGUUCGACAGCUGGGGCAGGAAGCAGGGCAGGAGUCACAAGGGCUUGAUGUACAUGAGUUCCAAGGAGCGACUACGAGACAAGGAAGAAAAGAAGCGCCUGAGCAUUGGCGAACGUAGUUCCAGCAGCUUCACAGCGGCAACCCUUCGGCCAGACCCCUUCCUCGCCGAGACACCCAUCCGAGAAGAGACCACCUACAGCCCGGAAUCGCCCACGCGAGAACGCCCCCGCAGGCGCGACAUGGCGAGCCCGACCCUGACCCUGGACUCAGAUACCAGUCCUAGGCAUAUACCCGCCCGCGAUUCGUCCCUUUUCAAGACCGGGUCCACCGCGAAGAGAGGAUCCGUGAGGUCCUCUAGAUCCAAGAGAGAGAGCGUCAACAGCAACGACGUUAUAUUCGAGGCAGAGGAGCAGAACCCUACGGUCAACUCGUCGCGGCGGAAACACAUGCCUCGUCACGCGUCGGAAAAUGAUUUGGCUCGCGCCUCGACCGAUCCGCCUUUCAGGUCUUUCAGCCGCCCACUGUUCCAGGGCAGACACACGGAAGACUCGCGGGCAGCAAGGGGACCGUUGGUUGAGGAGGAUAUCGAGGAUGGCGCGCCAUUCCCCGCUGUUGCUCAGGGUCGACGUCGCGAUGAACUGGUUGCUGACCGAAGCAGACGAAAACCAGCACGCGAUCUAACGGACGCAGGCGAGGGUAUCAAGAUGAAGCGCAGCAGUUCCAGGCUAAAACGCCUCUCGCAGCCGUUGAGCCCCAAGGGAGAAGAGCCGGCCGGUACACAGAGCUCGGCUGCAUCACCAGACACUCGCAACAGCAUGCCCACCGGGUACGAACGCCCUCGCAGUGCUGACUCUAUCGACGACGCCGUUGAGUCGUACUUGUGCUCUCCCCGUCUAUCGCAAAAGAUACGGCACCCACAGACCGGCCGAGUCAUUUCCUUUUCUGAAGUGGGAGACGCCGAUGGCUCUGCCGUCUUUUGCUGCGUAGGCAUGGGGUUGACGAGAUAUAUCACGGGAUUCUACGACGAGCUCGCGCUGACGCUCAAGUUGCGCCUCAUCACCCCUGACAGGCCCGGCGUGGGCGACAGCGAAUCGUACGCUGAUGGAACCGCGACGCCUCUCAGCUGGCCCGACGACGUCUACGCUAUUUGCCAAGCUCUGAAGAUUACCAAGUUUUCCAUUCUUGCUCACUCCGCCGGCGCCAUAUACGCGCUGGCAACUGCUCUACGCAUGCCCCAGCACAUCCGUGGUAAGAUCCAUUUGCUCGCGCCGUGGAUCCCGCCCUCGCAGAUGAACGUGUUCGGCACUUCGCAGGCGCUCCCGCCAACCAAUGCAAUCCCGACCUCGCAACGGAUAUUGCGAGCACUUCCCGCGACCUUCUUGAAGGCCGCCAACAGUUCCUUCAUGUCGGCAACGAGCAGUUCCAUCACCAGUUCGCUGCCCAAGAACCCCAGACGAAGCAAGCGCAAGUCCACCCCGGCGACGGGCCGGGACGCCCACCCCGACAAGGAAAACAUGGGCAUGUAUGACCGCGCCAGCCCAACCGAAGAUGCCUCGGGAAGGCCGACGCCGACAGCAAUGGAGAACAUGGACAGGGUUCGGCCGGACGGCGCGGCCUCAGCGCAGGAGCACUAUAGUCCCAAUACGCAGAUCCUGACAGCCGCAUCAGAUGCGAUGGUGGACAAGGAGCGCCAGUCCUUAUACGACACCAGGCUGACGCAUGCCAUCUGGGAGCUGGCGACGACAAACGCCAACCCUGCUGUCGACUUGCUGGUCUGCUUGGAACGCAGACAUACCAUUGGUUUCCGAUACGUUGACAUUACGCGGCCUGUCGUGAUACAUCACGGCAGCCGUGACACGCGCGUGCCUGUUGAUAACGUCAAGUGGCUCGGGAAGACGAUGAAGCGGUGCGAAGUCCGCAUUCUCGAAGGCGAAGGUCACGGUCUAAUGGCCAGUGCCAGCGUCAUGGGAGCCGUGCUCUUGGAGAUUAGCAAGGAAUGGGAUGACUGGCUGCGUGCCACGAAGAGGGACGACCGCGGGCGGAAAACCGGCACGCGGUAA